UCACUCAUCAUGUCAGGAACAUUGAAACACGAUACGGAAACCAAUAUCACCUUGAUUGGCACUGGAACUAUUGGGCUUUCCUUCGCCGCCUUCCAUCUCACCCACCUUGCGAGCCCAUCGCAACUUACAAUCUACGACACACGCUCAGAUGCCGCUCAAUAUGUGCAAGAGAACCUGCCAAAGUUCUUCAAAGACCAGGACCAAUCCUCUUCCCCAUCUUUCUCUGACGUAAAGAUCGCAUCCUCGCUCCAUGAAGCUGUUGAAAAUGCCUCAAUCAUUCAAGAGUCAGGACCAGAAAACGCCUCCUUCAAACUGAACCUCUGGGCUGAAGUAGAAAAAUACGCACCCAAAGACACUCUACUAUGGAGCUCGACAUCUGGCAUCCCAGCUUCUCAGCAAAUAUGCAAGAUGCAGGACACGAGUCGCGUGCUGGUAGUACAUCCUUACAACCCGCCGCAUAUCAUGCCACUCCUGGAGCUUGUACCCUCGCCAGAGACGUCGGAAGACGUCAUCAAGCGGACACAAGAGUUUUGGCGCGCAAGGGGUCGGGUGCCUAUUCAUAUCAAGAAAGAGUCAACUGGCUUUGUAGCAAACAGGCUAGCCUUCGCAUUGCUCCGCGAAGCUGUCCAUCUCGUUGACCAGGGUGUGGUGUCUGUAGAAGAAUUGGACCAAAUUGUCCAAACUUCAAUGGGACCGAGAUGGGCGGUCGCGGGACCAUUCAAGAGCUAUCAUGCAGGCGGAGGUCCAGCAGGCCUUGAGGGGUUUUUCAAGAACAUCGGCGGUACGGUGCAAGAUUGCUGGGCGAAUGCAGGGACGCCGAACGUAGGAGAUGGGUGGGAGAAGAAGAUAUUCUGGGAAGCUAAAGAGGCAUAUGGUACGGUUGAUGUUGCUGAGCGGGACAAAAUCACAAGGAGAUUGCUGCAGGUCUUGGAGGAAGAGAAGAAGAUCACUGGAAAUGCAUAG